AUGGCAUACGACCCAGCUAUGCCAUGGAUCUUGUGGAAAUCUUGGCAAACUUUAACGGAUGGUGCGAUAUCCAGCAAAUCAGAUUGUUUGUGUGCUGCGCCGUAA